AUGCUUGUAAGACACAAAUUGCGCGAUUUGAUUCAGACCUUCAGAAUGGAAGAGACGGAAAGAAAAGAAAAUAAACAAACGGGUCGCCGCAUCCGGAGAUCAACGCGUUGCAACAACUUCAGAAGAAAGGAACGAGAGAAUCGACUCCAGCACGGAGUCAUCAGGCUCAUUCCACUUCCUCCACUCGUUUUGUUACGGAGCCUCCUCGUCUCGCCUAUUUCUGGACCAAACGCUGGAGGAGCCAGCUCAUGUUCCCUGCGGCCGACCCCUUGUUGCCCAGGACGACUCUUGGGUGUGAAUAGUCUGGACAGAACAGAUGCAAUCGCUCAGUUUUGCUGCCCUUCGAUCGGCUGCCACGGGAGAAGGGACUCGGUUGAUGGGUUGCGGCGGCUGCGAGUCAAAUUCCCUAGACAUCUAUUUUUGGUGUAUCACGUCUUUGGGAAGAAAACUCUUCUCCCGGUUUCGAAAUAA